GUAGGUUGAACCUCCUUCCAGCGUAUGUAAGGGGAGGGAGGCGCACAGACGACAGAAAGAGCUACCAAGGCGCCUGUGUGGUGUCGCCUCCUUGGCCGAGAGACUUUUGGACUCCAAAACAAUCCUAUUAUUACAAGAUUAAAACAAUGCAGUUAGAGAACAUCCUUCCCAGCGCUAGCAUCAACUUACCCAAGACGUUUUACAAUCUUUCCUCGUCGGACAGUGCCAACAACAGCCCGGGGCCAUCAUCAUCACAGAUUGAAUACCAAGAAGUCGACCGGACGGAAUCAGAGUCUAGUAGCGCUCCUAAGAAAUAUCUAAGCGGGGUGGGAAACGGGAUGCUGGGAGAGGGAGAAGGGGACAGUUUCACCGGGGCUAAAGCCGGUCCCGAUGGGAGAAAAGGGUCCCCCGUUCUGGGUGAGGAUGACCUGACGAGCGGCCGGCGUUACAACAUAGACGAACUUGGCUCUGAUAGGUACUUUAUCUCGUCUUCCCAGACGAGUUCCGACAUGGCAAACCCGUGUUCCCUCUUUCCCUAUGCAGGACAGACCGGGUCGGUUUACACCGGGUCCAGCAGCUCCAGAUACCCGGCCUCGCUUCAUUACGGAUCUGUCCUGCCGCCCACAGGCUUCUCCUCCUCCUCCGUGUGCAGCGGCCGGAGCCAGUUUAGCAGCGGAGGGUACCAGUUCGGCCAGGGUCCCGGUUGUCUGUACCCCUCCUAUCCAGGGACAGCCUCGGGUAUUGGCACCAUGUCUCUACCGGGCUCUGCCGCCGGAGCCAGGGCGCAAGUCUACCUGUGUAAUCGGCCCCUGUGGCUCAAAUUCCACCGGCACCAGACCGAGAUGAUAAUCACCAAACAGGGCAGGCGGAUGUUCCCAUUCCUCAGUUUCAACAUCACUGGACUCAGCCUCACGGCCCAUUACAACGUCUUUGUAGAAAUUGUUUUGGCAGACCCGAACCACUGGCGCUUUCAAGGAGGAAAGUGGGUCACUUGUGGAAAAGCAGAUAAUAACAUGCAGGGUAACAAAAUGUAUGUUCAUCCUGAAUCCCCAAACACUGGUGCUCACUGGAUGAGACAAGAAAUAUCUUUUGGCAAGCUGAAGCUGACCAACAAUAAAGGGGCCAACAACAACAACACACAGAUGAUAGUCUUGCAGUCUCUUCACAAAUAUCAGCCGCGGCUGCACAUUGUGGAGGUAACAGAGGAUGGAGUGGAGGACAUGAGCAAUGAGGCCAAGACUCAGACCUUCACCUUCCCAGAGAACCAGUUUAUUGCCGUCACUGCUUACCAGAACACAGAUAUCACACAGCUGAAGAUAGAUCACAACCCAUUUGCAAAGGGCUUCCGGGACAAUUAUGACUCAAUGUACACCGCCCCAGAGAGCGACAGGCUCACCCCGUCCCCAACAGACUCCCCUCGCUCCCACCAGAUUGUCCCAGGGGCCCGCUACGCCAUGCAGCCUUUCUUUCAGGACCAGUUUGUCAACAACCUGCCCCAGAACCGCUUCUACACCGGAGAGCGGGCUGUACCCCAGACCAACAGCCUCCUGUCCUCUCAGAGUGAGGAUGCCAGUGCGGCUGCCUCUGCCCAGCGCUGGUUCGUCACACCGGUGCAGCAGGCAGGCUCCAACAAGCUGGACCUGUCGUAUGAAAACGACUACUCCACCAGCAGCCUGCUGUCCUACGGCAUCAAGCCCUUGCCCCUGCAGACAUCUCAUGCCCUCAGCUACUACCCAGACUCGGCCUUCGCUUCCAUGGCAGCAGGCUGGGGCACCAGAAGCUCUUACCAGCGUAAGAUGACCACAGGCCUCCCCUGGUCCCCCCGACCCAGCCCCCCGGCCUUCCCGGAGGACCAGCUGGGGGCAACUAAAGACAAGCUGCCUGAGGAGAGCGCGCUGCCGGCCUCGACCUGGAUCGAGACGUCCCACUCACUGAAAUCGGUGGACUCUACUGACUCCGGCGUGUACUCCAUGGUCUGCAAGAGGCGCAGGAUGUCUCCUGGGGGGUCGAGCACAGAGAACUCCCCAACCAUCAAGUGUGAGGACUUGACUACAGAGGACUACAACAAGGACAACCCAAAAGGCAUGGGUUAUUAUGCAUUCUACACAAGCCCCUAAGACUGUAUUUAUUGUAACUGAAUAUAAUUCUUUGGUUUAUUAUUGAGUGCACUCCGUUCCUUGUUAAUGUCAUUUUUCUCUUUUCUCUAAAGGUGCCAAAGCUUAGUGUUCCCCCCCAAGCAAGCUGCACAAGGUUUUUUUCCCAGGCCAGCCCCUCUCACAUACCUGAACAGAAACAUGCAUAGUGAUUGUUGUUUUUGAAAAAGCAUGUCCUUUUUUUCCCUUUUUUAACCAUAUAUUUUUUUUAAACAAAUGUGUUUUUUUUUGGCAUAUUUAAGUCCUUUUUGUUGUACAGUAUUUGUGCACUUUAGAAUGUGAUGUAUCUUGUACAAAUUGUCUUCAUGGAGGUGUUAUAAAAUGGAAAAUAAAACCGCUUUUCAUAAAGCAUUAUCCAAA